GUGCCAAAGGGUGGCAGCGUCCCACCGACCACAGAGAUCACGAAGCCUCCGGCGGUGCCCCAGGCACAGGAGAGGAAGGCCCAGGGGGCCUACAACAUCGGGGGAGUGGUGGUCCACACGCCCAUCAACCAGCCAACGCCGCCCGCCGGACCCCCUGUCCUCAAGAGCGGCUACUGCGUGAAGCAGGGGAAUGUGAGGAAGAGCUGGAAGCGCCGCUUCUUCGUUCUGGAUGAAUUUUCCAUCAGUUACUACAAGUGUGAGCAGGACAAGGAGCCCUUGCGCUCGAUUCUGCUGAGGGACGUCUGCAAGACCCAUGAGUGCCUGGUCAAGUCUGGCAGCAGGAUGAAGCCUGGCUGCGCCGGGGGGUGUUUGGGAAGCAAAGUCUCACUGGGGCUGGUGUGUUUGCAGGCGGACAGCCCCGAGGACAUGCACAGCUGGAUCCGAGUCAUCACCGGGGCAGUCCAGGCCCUGAAAACCCGCCCGAGGGAAAUCUCCUUCAUGAGAUCCAGCUCCAUGGUCAGGCCCAGCAGCUCCUCGGGCCCGUCGCAGCACAGGCAGGCGGUGGAGGAGCGGAGAGCGCUGGGCAAAGCCCCCUCCACCUCCUCCUGGCAGCCCUGGACGCCGCCGGAGCCGCAGCACAUCAAGGAUAAGCCGUUCGCCUUCGACCUGGACGAUGAAAGCAUCCGGACCACCGACGUCUGA